GAGUUCCAUCUUUACUUCUUAUCUCAAGGAAACAACCUCGUCCUAUCUGUGUGAACCUCUUGUUGAUGGCGGAAUCAUUGAUCGCAUUCUGGGCACUAUAACCACAGCAUAAAGUACAUUUGGAGAAGGCAAAAUCAUCGGGCAUCACGACAUUUGAAGAAGGUACAAUAUUGGAGCACGGCGUUCAAACAACACACCUAAUCUUCCGUCACCUGCAUCGCUUAGGCAUCGAACUCUUUGCCAACGUUUACAUGUUCGUUGUCGUCCGCAAAGUCUUCAUCGGAGGAGAACUCGGUCGCCUGGCAUUUCUUGCGCUAGCUUUGUUAGCGGUGAUAGAGGCAUUGAGGGAGGAGUUUGAUUUCUUUAAGCAUUACCUGACAGCCGUCCAUUGGAUGCCUCGGCAGGCAGCUUUGCGGUGUACUGGAGCCAGUGCAGUAGACCACAAAGGGGGAGCGGUCGGACUCUGCAACCUGUUGUCAUAAUGGGUAUCCUCAUAAUGAAAUUAGGGGAUCAUUAUGUUGUCUCAACAGCGCUGAGGAUGCAGCAGCAGGCCAUGAGCUGCAGCAAACUGACGAAAGGACACUGCAAUGAAUAUAAGCUUCAGAUUCAAAGUGUGACCGUCGAAAAGACCAUCCAUGCCGACCGACAAGACACACCAUGGAAC